AUGGUGGACAAAAGGACGGAUGAAAGGAAGAAAGCGAAACUCACGGGAUCUAGCCAUCCCACCAGCCCCGUCAUAACGCCGCGGAAUGACACCGACGGGGGUAAUCUUCUUAAAGAUCCCAUGCCAAUAAGCUCCCCGCUGGCUCCUAAAAUACUGAAUACCCUUAACCCAGCAAAAAUAAAGAUCUCAAAUAUGGCAGCCUUCGAUGGAACAUCAUGCCCGGAGGAGCACUUAAUGGCAUACAAAUAUUUGAUGAUGCUGUACACCACCAACCCAACGUUGUGGUGCAAAUUCUUCCCAAUUAGUCUCACAGGAGUAGCCUUGACAUGGUAUACUUCCCUUCCAGUGGGAAGUAUCCAUACUUUUGCCCAAUUAGAGAGCAAAUUCCUGGGUCACUUUGUAGCAUCCAGAAGGCAAGAGAAAUCAAUUUCCCAUUUGCUCAGCAUAACGCAAUUGGAAGGGGAAUCCAUAUCGUCAUAUUUGAAGAAAUACCAUGAGGCGGUGCUGGAAGUAACGGAUUUAGAAGAAUCAGUCGCUUUAAACGCUCUGACCAACAGAAUCAAGGCUCAAAGACUGAAGUUCCAGUUGGCACAUGACCCCAAAAAGCGAAAGUCAAGGAAGAAGGAUCCAAUAUCCUCCCAUCAAUCCUCAAGGAACAGAGAGGAACACUCAUUAAGGAGGGAUAGAAACUACAUGUCACGUCGCCCGGAACCCCCAUUAGAUAUAGGACCUCCAAGAUCCAGACAUUUAUACGCCCCGGAAGGGCAAACCAGGACACGGAACUUACUCGACGGAGGUAACGAUCCGAUGUUCAACAGGAACAGAAAAGACAUAUUCUUCGCCAUCCGGGACGAGUUGCCAACUCCGCCUCCUACUAACACCCUCUAUGAUCGUCGCAACUAUAAUUUGUGGUGUGAUUACCACAAAGAACAUGACCAUACCUUAGCUCAAUGUCUCGAACUCAAGCGUAUCCUACAUCAGCUAGCCAACGAGGGGAAGUUAACACGGUUCAUCAAUCGGAAAGACUAUGGCACAAGAAGCGAUACCGAAAGAAGACCUUGGAACCAAAAACGCAGAUCUCCUAGAAGAGAUGAGGCUAGAGAAAAAGUUCCAACACACAAGGAACCAUCAACAUGA